GUGUCCCUUUUCGGGGGGAAACCGUGGCUGUGGGUGUGGUUCUUUAAGUGUGCCACUUGAGGAUGUAAAGCAACAGUGUUAAUUUUCAGAAUUAAAGCAAUUUACCAAAGAGACGAAUCUAGUCACGUCCAUCUAGUCACGUUAAGUACCGCUUCCCCAAAACUUUCCACCAUGUUCUCGAUGGAUUCGUUCGACUUUGAGGCGGUUAUGAGCCGCCAUCUGUUCGAGGGACCGUCGGUGCAUCAGCAUCAAGGGCAGCAACCGUUGCAUCAUCUGCAGCAUCACUCCUCCUGCCAGCAGCAGCACCAGCAGCAGCAUCAACAGCAGCACCAGCAGCAGCAGCAUCACCAGCAUCCGCACAUGGACGGUGGUAGUGAUCAUCAUCUGGCGCAUAACAAUCAUCGUCAUCAGCAUGACUUCCAGCCGGUGCCACAUUCGCACGAUCAUCAACAGCAUCAGCUGCAUCAAGCGAACAAUGUCGAUUCGACCACGUCGAACAGUUCGGACUUUUUCCUUGCCGAUGAUGAAAACACCACCGACAGUGAUUCGUACUGUGGGUUUAACAGCGACCAGGAGAAUAAUGAUUCUAUGAAAGAAAUCUACAGCAACCGAUCGUCCAAGUACCGACGGCCGAAGUGCGCCUCCCAGCAAGCCCAACAACGACAGGCGGCCAAUCUUCGCGAACGGCGCCGGAUGCAGAGCAUCAACGAAGCCUUCGAAGGUUUAAGGACCCACAUUCCCACGCUGCCGUACGAGAAGCGUCUGAGCAAGGUGGACACUCUGAAGCUGGCCAUCAGCUACAUUUCCUUCUUGGGCGAAAUGUUACGAAAGGACAAAAAUGGCAAUGAAACCGGCACGAACGGCAUCAAGCGGGCGCCGGUGAAGGAACCACCGAAGAAGUUUAUCGUACGUGGUGGCAGCGGUCAGACACACUCACUUUCCUGGCACCGGAAGGGCGAUCGGAACGCAAACGGGCGCUACUUUGCACGCAUUUGGCGCCCGGAGGAUCCACGCAGCAACCAUCGCAAUAUCGCGGCCGGUCCAUCAACGUACGCAACGAACGGAAUCUGUUAGACGCCCUCCGGCCACGGGCAUUUCUAGGUCCACACUAACCAAUGUGCAACAAACAAUCUAGUCUUUGGCUGUCUGCGGCGUUUACUAUACCCGUAAA